UAUAAGAUCUUCUCCUCCGGUGAAAUCAUGCCCGCCGAUUUCCGCACUCUGGUCAAAAAGAUGAACGGCGCUGAUGGGAACGAGUCGUCGGAUUCGACGGCCCCGAUCACUCGGGACCUUCUGGGAGCAAGCCGCGCUUUGGCGUCCAAGGAGCUGGACCUGGACAUCCAGGUCCCCCUCGGCUGGGAGAAACGUCUCGACUUGAAGUCGGGGCGAGUGUAUCUCCAGCGGUGCAAUACUAAUGCAGUACUGCCGGCCGUCCAGGAUCCGAACCCGAUUGUGAACCCGAAUCCGAGACCCAGGCUGCAAGCGGAUCUCAACUUCCCCCCGGCGCCGCCGAGCCGGUGCUUGUUCGACGAACUUGAAGCCAGUCUGGAGUUGAAGCUGGUGCCGCCGUUCCCCGCCGCCGUAGCGCCGCCGCCUCCGCCUGCUAACUUCGAGGGGAUGUGCACGCUGGAGAGGGUCAAGUCUGCACUGGACCGCGCCGAUAGGAAGCGCGCCAUCUCGAUGUCUGCCUCAAACUCGAAAUCGUCCUCCCCCGGCUCCACCUCAUCCACCGCCGCCGCCGCCUCCGCCUCCGCCGCCGAUCUGAUGCCGCCGGAGGAGAAUAUUCCGACAACCUUUGCCGUCGCGUGCCCACAAUGUCUGAUAUUUGUGCUGGUCGCGGUGGACAACCUGCGCUGCCCUCGAUGCAACAGCGCCGUGUCUCUCCCUGCAGCCGCCGCCAAGAAGCCGCGCCUGGACCUCAAUAUUUCCAUCUGAACCGCCCCCGCCCGAUCUGCCCCGAACCGGAUGACGGUUCGAUUCUUUUGUAAAGAUAGAGGGACAGAAAUCAUAUCAUAAUAAUAAUAAUUUUAAUAGUAAUAGUAAUAAUAAUAAUAAUAAUUUUAUGCUAUAAACUUUGUUGGUAUAUAUUUUCAGUGUUUACUGAAAACUGAUGAUUUGCCUUUUGGAUUUUCA